GAGCAGGGCUGAGGCUCUCAUUAACGCGGAGAAAUGGCGUCGUUCGAAAGCAUCUUUACGAGCGACGGCGCCGGGCAAUUGUGGAACACUUGCGCCUGGGACGUCGUGUCGGCCUCGGUGCUGGCACAGUACAAGGGAGGCACGAGCAGUCCGCGCACCUUGUGUCUCUUGGGCUCGGACUACGUCAUCAGCGCGCAGCAAGACAAGCCGCUGCUGCGGGUAUGGUCGCUUCAGCGUCGGGAUCAGAUUCAGAAGCAAAUCGUGUGCCCCGGCAGGGUAUCGGCGUUGGCGGCGUCUCCCGACGGCCUGCACUGUGUGGCCGGCAUCGAAGACAAGAUAUACCUGUGGCAGGUCUCAUCAGGCGACCUCCUUGCCGUGGUGAGCCGCCACUUCCAGGUGAUUACGUGUCUGCGCUUCACUGACGAUGGUGGCCGUUUCGUCUCGGCAUCACGUGAUGGCCAAGUGUUGGUCUGGGACCUGGCUGAGGUUGCGUGCACCGGCACGCAGGGACCCGCAGAGCCCGUGCACGCUUGGUCGCAGCACAGCUAUGACGUCACCGACAUCCACAUCGGCGCGCUGGGUGGGACACGCUGCUACACUUGCUCGGCCGAUCAGACGUGCCGGGUGUUUGACAUUGACGGCGGUGAUCUGCUGGCCACCGUAGUGCUGGAGGCCGCACUGACGGCAGUCGUUACGGAUCCGGCUGAGGACCACAUCUUUGCCGGUUCCAGCACUGGAAAGAUAUUCGAGGUGGCCCUGUACAAGUGGAACACGGGUAACAAGCGUCCGGAAGCGACGUUUCUCGGCCACGAGGGCAAGGUGACCUGCUUGGCGACGUCGCUGGACGGCCAGCUGCUGGUGUCGGGUAGCGAGGACUGCACAGCUCGAGUGUGGGACGUCGCUUCCAAACAGUGCAUUCACGUCCUGCACCACAAGGGAGCCGUCACCAAUGUUCUGGUCGUGCCAACGCCCGUGACCCUAACGUCCAUGAGGCCGUCGCCGCCGACACUCCCACUGGGUGUCUUCAAGCGCACCACACAGGCGGCCAAGGAUCCGAACGGAGUACCCGUGCAACUGGAAUCUGGCCUGAUGAGAAUGAGCAGCGAGGAGGAGGCAAGGCGAAAUGCAUUGCCGCGCCUGGACUUGGCCGAGGCACUGCUGUCUACAGCCGCGUCGUUCACCGUGGGCGACGGAGAUGUCGACGGCGACGAAGAUGAGGGCAGCACAUUUGAGGACGCAGACUUGAGCAAGCAGGUGGCCAUGCUCAAGGAGGUGAACAAGCAGCUGUACAGUUACGCUUGGAACUGCGUUCUCAGGCAGCAGCACACGACGGGCAGCGAGAUGUCGUCACUGUGAUUUGAGGUUAUUGCAACAUUUGUGGGAAAGGGGAAUAAACAGUGUAAUGUUUUAAAGUAUUAUCACUUGCCUGCGUUUACUAUAAGAGAGAAAUGUGUGCAGAUUCAAGCGAAGAGGCAUUGAACCACACCUUUUGUCUUUAGUGGGACAGAAAGCUUACUGUCAGUAUUGCAAAUCAGCUUUGUGGAAAACUUGUGGAAGGGUAAUGAAAGGGCAAAUUGACAAGCACCCAUUAAUUGGCACAUUGUUGCAACAAAAUUUAUGUGGGAGUGUUCGUAGAUUUUUUUUUUUGUGACAUAACUAGUAGAACUUAUUCCAUUGUAGCAAUUGGGAGCCUGCCAAAGAAAUUUUAUUCUUUUAUUGCAGCAGGCACACCCAUGUUUCCAUUCCGAGGGGAUGAACAGAAAAUAAAAAAACUCAGCUUUGUUAUUUGAGCGUGAAUUGCCAGCAUAUCUGCUAUAUUUCUGAUGUCAAUCUUCAUGCAGGUCUUAAUGCAAUGUACUAUAUUGUUAUAAUAAAAAAUAAUAAAUAAAUCAAUAAUAACGCAAAGUAA